UGGAGGGAAAAAAACUGGGGAAAAAAUCAAUUAAUACAUGCAAGGAAAAAAAAGAGUAAUAGGAAAGGAAAUAAUAAAGACAGGGGGCAAUGGUUUUGUUGCUUAUAUACGAGGGCCAUUACAGUCCAACACCAUAAUCUCCCCCCGUCUCUUGGUUUCUUCGCUGGAAAAUUGCGACGUCGAUCGGUGAUUGAUAUGUACAACCGGUGAAUUGCCCUUGAAGAAGUCGCAGGGCGACCCGGCAAGGUAUAUUUCUUUUCCGAUACGACACCUUUUGGUAUCUGUUGGGGCUUUUUAUAGCUGUGGCACCAGAUCUGGUAAUUUUUGGUUUGAAAGGUUGGGAGGGAGGGAUUUUGAGUUUUCAAACUCUGUUUUUUAUUUAUUUUAUUGGUGAAUUUGAGAUGGAUUUGAAAGGGAUUUCGGAAAUUUAGGGGUUUGUAUUGUGGUGUUGGCGUACAUGGACGAUCGAAUGAGAUCUGGUGAUCCUCCGGAGAUUGUGGUUAAGAAAAGGAACUCCUCUGGUUGUUUGAUCGUGAGAAAGAAGGGUAUUGAUGGAGUGGGCGGGUCUCUUGCCUCGGGUUCCAGGAGGGUUUUAGGGUCGAAGGAAGAGAAGAAGAGACCUAGGUUGGCAUUGAGCGAUUCUGGGUCUAGUGAUGAGCUUUUAGUGCCCCCUCGUAGAAGGGUUGCCCCUGAAACAAUUCGGGUCUGUAAUGGUUCGAGUGUUUCUGAGAAAGGUGUUGUGGAGGAGAGUGAAAUUGGUAGAAAGAGGGAUAGGGAAGAGUAUUCUAGGUUUAAUGAGGUUGGUAGGAAUGGUGAGGGGCAGAGUGAAAGGAAGAGGGAUAGGUUAGAUGUAUUCGAGUUUGAUGAAUGUGAUGGUAUUGAUGUGGAGAGUGUGAGGAGGAAGCAUUUCAAUGAUGUUGGAGCAGAAGUUGGAGGCAGAAGGUUUUUGGAGUCAAUGCCAGUAGGUCGAAGUGGUGUUCAGCGGGAAUACAUGACAGGUUCCAGCAGACAAUAUAUUGAGAAGAGGAAAAAUUCUUAUUAUGAGAAGACAAGUGGCUUUAGUCAGGGAGAUCAUGUUGAUAAGAUUAGAUUGGAGAUGGAUAGGGAAGAAGCUCGGCGACCUAUAUCCACAUUACGGGAUAAGUAUUUGGGUGAUUCAAAUGCACCCAUUAGGGUCCAGGGAAAGAAUGGUGUUUUGAAGGUGAUGGUAAACAAGAACAAGAAGGUUGGUAGGUCCCUGAGCAACUAUGAUCAACUUGAAGCUGAGGGAAACUGGAGGGGCUUGAAGACGAAUGAUAACGUGAACAGGAAUGUUAUGACACAUCCUUCAUAUUCUAGUGAAUCAAGAAGUCUUCAGAAACGUGGUUCACUCAUUAGGAAACAGGAAAAUCAGUUGAAGUUACGAAAAUCAUUGUCAACUAGAAAGACCGAGGACCAUGACUCAAGUUCAGAGGACAGUGAUAUGUUGGUGAAGCCCAGCUCAAAGAACAUGAAGGCUCAUAAUUAUAUGCAGAGAUUUUUAUCAGCAAAGAAUGAGGUCAGUCCUCGGGAUUUGGAUGAUGACAAUAUCCCAUCAAAGGUUGGAUCAAAGAAUGAGGACCAUGACUCAAGUUCAGAGGACAGUGAUAUGUUGGUGAAGCCCAGCUCAAAGAUUAUGAAGGCUCGUAAUUAUAUGCAGAGAUUUUUAUCAGCAAAGAAUGAGGUCAGUCCUCGGGAUUUGGAUGAUGACAAUAUCCCAUCAAAGGUUGGAUCAAAGAACGUUGAAUCUUGCAAUUAUAAGAGUAGACUAUCUACCAAAAACGUUAGGGGUGCCAAUUUAGAAUCAGAAGCCAGCAAUAUGUCCCUGAAGGUUGGAUCAAAGAAAGUGGAAUCUUGUGGUAUGAAGGAAUCAGCAAUGACUAAAUACAGCAAGGGUGCUGAUACAGAUUCGGACGACAGUGAUACAUCUCCGAGGAUGGGGCCAAAAACUGUGGAAGCUCUUUCUUCUACAAAGAGGUUGACUUCUGGAGGUGAAAAAACACCAUGCAGUCAGCUCCUUGCUCCAAAAGUUAAAGCAGGAAAGGUUAGACGUGGUAGUGGGACAGAAAAGCAAAAGCUGCGUGAACAUAUAAGGGCAAUGAUUCUGAAUGCUGGAUGGACGAUAGAUUAUCGACCUAGACGAAACAGAGACUACCUAGAUGCAGUGUAUAUUAAUCCCAGUGGAACUGCUUACUGGUCCAUUAUCAAGGCUUAUGAUGCACUUCAAAAGCAAUUAAACGAAGAUGAAGAAGAGGCCAAACCUACCGGUGAUGGUUCUUCUUUCACCCCAUUGUCAGAAGAGGUGCUCAGCCAAUUGACAAGGAAGACUCGAAAGAAGAUGGAGAAAGAAAUGAAAAAGAAGCAGCAAGAAGGCAGUGAGAGCGAGAAUGCAGAGGAUGUUUGGGCGAAAAAGUCUGCAAGCACCAGGCACGAGGAGGAAAGCGUGGACUGUGGUAGACAAGAAGAGAAACUUAGCUCCUUUAUAAAGCACAGUGGUAAGUCUUCGAAGAGCAGAGUGAGUGAAAAUGGUCAAAGCUCAAGCCAUCAUUUGCAUAAUAGUGCUGAAAAACCAUUCUCUGUGUCCAGUUGUCAGCAGUUGCAAGGACAAAAAAGUAGAAAACUUGGCAGAUGUACUUUGUUAAUUAGAAAUUCUAACAAGGGGCUUAAUUCAGAAACUGAUUGCUUUAUUCCAUAUGGUGGAAAACGUACACUGCUUUCCUGGCUGAUUGAUAUUGGAAGUGUGCAGUUGAGCCAGAAGGUACAAUAUAAGAACCGCAGAAGGACAAAAGUGAUGCUGGAGGGGUGGAUUACAAGAGACGGUAUCCAUUGUGGUUGUUGUAGUAAGAUCCUCACGGUAUCAAAGUUUGAAAUCCAUGCUGGAAGCAAAUUACGCCAGCCAUAUCAGAACAUAUAUUUGGACUCAGGAAUGUCGUUAUUGCAGUGUCAGAUUGAUGCGUGGGUCAAGCAAGAGAAGGAUGAGCAUAUUGGGUUCCACUCUGUAGACAUUGAUGGUGAUGACUCAAAUGAUGAUACUUGUGGCCUCUGCGGAGAUGGUGGGGAUCUGAUCUGUUGUGAUAGCUGCCCUUCAACAUUUCACCAGAGCUGCUUAGUUAUACAGAUGCUUCCCCCAGGUGAUUGGCACUGUCCAUAUUGUGUAUGCAAAUUUUGUGGGAAAGCCAGUGAUGAUAUUGGUCAAGAGAAUGAUUCAACUGUCCAUGCACUUCUCAGCUGCACUCUUUGCGAGAAGAAGUAUCACCAAUCAUGCACACUGGAUAUUCCUCUUCCUGUUGAUUCCAAUAGUUCGUCUACUUCUUUUUGUGGGCAGAAAUGCAGAGAGCUCUCUGAGCAGAUACUGAAGUAUCUUGGGGUGAAACUUGAACUGGAAGGAGGAUAUUCAUGGUCACUCAUUCAUAGAAUGGGUGCAGAUUCAGACGCAUCAUCCCGAGGACUUCCUCAAAGAGUGGAAUGCAAUUCCAAGCUAGCUGUUGCACUGACAGUUAUGGAUGAAUGUUUUUUGCCCAUUAUUGAUCGGAGAAGUGGAAUCAAUUUACUGCAUAAUGUUCUUUAUAAUUGUGGGUCGAAUUUCAAUCGGCUGAACUAUGGUGGAUUCCAUACUGCUAUCCUAGAGAGGGGUGAUGAAAUUAUAUCUGCUGCAUCUAUCAGGUUCCAUGGCACUCAGUUGGCGGAGAUGCCAUAUAUUGGAACUCGCCAUAUGUAUAGGCGUCAAGGGAUGUGCCGUCGGCUAUUUUGCGCCAUUGAAGCGGCUCUUCAUUCUCUCAAAGUUGAGAAAAUGAUUAUCCCUGCAAUUUCGGAGCUUACACAUACAUGGACAGGAGUUUUUGGUUUUACUUCUGUUGAGGAAUCACUUAAGCAAGAAUUGAGGUCCAUGAAUGUGCUGGUUUUCCCUGGUAUAGACAUGUUGCAGAAGCUCCUCCAGCGAGAGAAUAUCGAAGAGGAUGUCUGUGUAAAUGCGAAGCAAAUGGAGAUCAUUGGCAAGCAUUCUAUUCCAUGUGUUGUUGAUAAUAAAUCUGAUGUGGAUGCCUCUGUUGGGAAUGAUAGUCUUGAGUGCGAUGAUGAUCACUUGCAAGAUGCCAAAAUGACCAAUGACAGAGUGACUGCUGCAGAUUCUGAUUCCCAAGGCCCAAGUGUUUCCUUAAGCAAUACUUCUGAGAUGAGUAAUUCCCUGGAUGCUUCUCAUGAACUUAAAGUUUCACUUGACGGGACAUGUACUGAUUCUGAAUCAGGAGAUAAGGUAGCCGAAUCUGUGUUGGACGGGAAACGCCACCCAAUGCCUGUUAUGAGUCACGACAUGGAAGAGAGAGAAAAUAAAUCUAUAAUGAAUUCUUCGAUUAAAUUUGGCACUCCCUCUUAUAAAGAGGGUGGCGCAACUGCUAUGGAAUCUGAUUCUCAGUGUCAAAGUGUUUCCUUGAGUGAUACUCCCUUGGUGAGUAGUUCAAUGGAUGCUUCUAAUGAAGGUGGAAUUCCAGUUUCAGUAGAUGGUACUGUAAGUGCUGAUUCUGAAUCAGGAGACAAGUUGGUGGAAUCUGCUUCCAACAAGGAAGGUGUCGUCUCUGAUACAAGUCCCAGGCCUGGUGCACCAGAGAUAAAAGGUCAGCAAGUAUUGGUUCCUCACCAAAGAGAGAAUCCUCAGUCUUGUGAAGGAGAUAAUGCGAAUGAUGACCAUGCACCGCAUGCUAAUGUUGCCAUGUCUCAUGAACUAACAGUCUCAGAUAUGGGUCCUUAUGCUCUGAAGAUGAAAAAUGAGCCAGCAUUGAAUUCUUCUGUUGAAGAUAAUACUCAGGAUUGUAAUGAAGGUAAUGUGGGUAAUGAACCUAAACUAAGUGGUAAUGUUGCUACUUCUCAGGAACUUAGAAUCUCGGCUUAGUUUAGGGUAUUUUACCUGUUGAUUCUCAACUGGGGGACAGAUUUACUGAAUGUGCUUCUGCUUCUGAUAAGAAUUGCCUUAUUUUCUCUGACAGGAUUGACAACGCAGCAGAGACUGAAAAUACGCCAACUUUAAAUUCUUCUGUUGAGAAUGAUACUCGGUCUUGUAACAACGGUUUUGUAGUCAAUGCCAAUUUCAUUAAAUGUUAAUUUGGAAAGUCUCGAACCAGCUUUGUCUGCAAACGAGAUGGUUGCAGAGAGCACCAAUUUGCAGAAUGAUGGAAUUCUGCAUGUAGCUGCUUCUACUCUCAGUGUGGCGGAAGAUAUGUUCAUGCAGAUUAACUGUGAGAACAGAAGUAAGUUUCAUGUGGCUUCAGAAGCUGCUUCUAAAGUUACAGGCUAUGAAGAAUAAAUUCUCAAUACAUUUGAUGAUAGCUUCAGAACUGGUGUUUGUGUUUGAUAUGUCUACAACAUACGUGUUCACAUUGUCUGGAAACAGAAUGCCAGGCCAGUAAAUGACGUUUUCAGGCUGCAUUACCGAUUUAUUGUGUCUUGAUUAGGAAGUAAAGUUCAGCAAUUCCCUGGAAAAUGGAUCUGCUCCCAACUCCGCUUCUGGAAAUGUUUCUUACCCCCUUUCCAUGGUGAAAUCAAAUAUUUUCAUGGAUGCUUCAGAUAAGGUUAUCAUUGUAAGUUAAGUCAGAAAAGCUUUUUAUGUUUUCAAUCACAUUGCCUAGAGGCUGGGCUGGUCUUUUUCUGCUGCCAGGUAAGCUACUGGGUACUCCACUUGGUGUAAUUGGCUGCCUCUGAUGAGUGUACAAGUUUGGAAUCCUCUCCCUGUCCUGUAUAACUUCGUUUCUUCCACGUAUAAUACAUGAAUGCUCAUCGCGUUGACAUGUUCAAUCAUUAAUGAAUUUUAACAGCUUCGUUUUUGUAAUUAUGCCUGUCAUUUCUUUUGCUAGCAGACAUGAUAGAAACGAUAUGAGAAGUUACUUUUCACA